CUACAGCGUCCUUCAGUCGGCGCUGUCUUGCGAGGGUAGAGACAGCUGAGGACACUUGAUUCAACAUGGCAACCAAGUGGGGAAUCUGCAGCGCAGGGAAGCUCAGUGAUGACUUCACCGUGGCUCUGAAAACUCGCUCUGCAGAAGAGCAUCAGGUUGUGGCUGUUGCAUCUUGUAGAUUGCAGGAUGCUCAGGGAUUUGCCACGAUACACAACAUCCCUAAGGCUUAUGGCAGCUAUGAGGAGCUGGCCAGAGACCCAGACGUAGAUGUUGUGUAUGUUGGAGUCAUCCGCCCGUACCAUCUGCAGGCCUGUAAACUUUUCACAAAUGCUAAAAAGAAUGUUCUGUGUGAGACACCACUGGCCAUGGACCUCAAAGAAGUGAGAGAGAUUGUGGUGUCUGCCAGAAGGAAUAAUGUCUUCUUCGUGGAGGCUGUGUGGACCCGAUUUACCCAGGCCACUAUAGACAUAAGAAGGCUUUUGGACAAGCAGUACAUAGGGGAGGUGAAGAUGGUUCGUGCGGACUAUGGUGUGCCGCUGUUGCACGUGCAAAGAUCAGUUAAGAAGGGCCUCGGUGGAGCAUUGCUGGAUCUUGGUAUCUACUGCCUUCAACUCAUAAAUGUGGUGUACAACGGAGAGAAGCCGGAGAGUAUCCAAGCCAGUGGAGUCUGCCAGGAAACGGGAGUGGAUGAGACUGUGACUGUCAUUUUGAAGUAUUCUAGAAACAGAAUGGCGAUAGUCAGCUGCUCUGCUGUGGUCAAGCUGCCCAAUGAUGCCACUAUUAUUGGGACAAAAGGCACAAUCCAGGUCCUUUCACCUAUAUGGUGCCCCACAUCACUGGUUGUUGUUAGGAAGGAUCCCCAGAAUCAAGACACUGAAACCACCUUCCGUCUCAAAUUCGCCAACUGCCCUGAGAAGCAUUAUGAAGCAGAUGAGGUCCGCUGCUGUCUGAUCGGGGGGCUGAAGGAGAGUCCAAUCAUACCUCUUGCUUAUACUCUGCGGCUGGCUGAAAUGGAGGAUGAGAUCCGCCGGCAGGUGGGAAUGGUGUACAACCAGAACUUAAGCACCAGGGCUACCAAGUGGGGAAUCUGCAGCGCAGGCAAGAGCAGUCACGACUUUACUGUGGCUCUGAAAACUCUUCCUGCAGAAGACCAUUCGGUUGUGGCUGUUGCAGCUCGUAAAUUGGAGGACGCUGAGCAAUUUGCUGUAAAACACAACAUCCCUAGGUCUUAUGGCAGCUAUGAACAGCUGGCCAGAGAUCCAGACAUAGAUGUUGUGUAUGUUGGAGUCAUCCACCCGUACCAUCUGCAGGCCUGUAAACUUUUCAUAAAUGCUAAAAAGAAUGUUCUGUGUGAGAAGCCACUGGCCAUGAAUGUCAAGGAAGUGAAAGAGAUUCUGGACUCUGCCAAAAAGAAUGAUGUCUUCCUCAUGGAGGCUGUGUGGACACGGUUUUUCCCGGUCUCUGUGGAGAUCAGAAGGCUGCUGGCUCAGCAGUACAUAGGGGAGGUGAAGAUGGUCCGUGCAGACUUUGGUGUGCCACUGUUGCACGUGCCAAGAGCAGUUCAGAAGGACCUCGGUGGAGGAGCAUUACUAGAUCUUGGUAUCUACUGCCUUCAAUUCAUAAAUAUGGUGUACAAAGGAGAGAAGCCGGAGAGUAUCCAAGCCAGCGGGUUCUGCCUGGAGACGGGAGUGGAUGAGACUGUGAUUGCCAUUCUAAAGUAUUCUAAAAACAGAAUAGCAACAAUCAGCUGCUCUGCUGGGUACCAGCUGCUUAAUGAUGCACUUAUUGGUGGGACAAAGGGCACAAUCCAGGUCCUUUCACCUAUGUGGUGCCCCACGUCACUGGUUGUUAAUGGGAAGGAGACCCAGUAUCCAGUACCUGAACCCUACUUGCCUCUCAACUUUACCAACAGCACAGGGAUGUGUUACGAAGCAGAGGAGGUCCGCCAAUGUCUGCUCAAGGGACUGAAAGAGAGUCCAGUCAUGUCCCAUGCUGACUCUCUGCUGCUGGCUGAAAUGGAGGAUGAGAUUCGCCGGCAGGUGGGAGUGGUAUACAGCCAGGACAGCCAGCAAAAGUUUGAGUCAGUUCUGCUGUGAUUAAAUACAACCAGUUUACAAUGGAGAUGAACUUACUCAAUUUACUUCAAGAAUAGUUAAUGUGGUUAAGCAUUUAUUUUUGUAGGAAAACACUGUUUGACCUCCAACUUUGAGUAACUUAAGAAAAACAAACAAAAAACACCCAAGAUGACCUCUCUCAACCACAUGAGAAGGAUUAGGAAACUGUUCUUAUAUUUACAUGUUGCACACCAGCUUUGUACACAGAUGUAUUGAAACUGUCAACAAUGAAAUGUAUUAACAUUGACAAU